AUGGUAAGAGUUUUUAUUAUUUUUGUUGGAUUUUCAGGUAGAAUUAUGAAGAUUGAAGGAUUUUGAGAUGAAAUAUAUUAGGUCCAAGGAAAAUUUCGAGGGUUAGGGAGGUGAUUUCGAGCUCCAGAUCUUACACUUGAUAGCUGAUGGGAAAAUAAUUUUUUCUUUGUGAAUUACAUGGGUUGUUGUGAACUUUUAUGGCAGAAUACGAAGAUUAUGGCUUUAUGCAGGCUAGAAUAUAAUUUUACAUCAUAAUCUCAACGCAUGAAAUAGAAAUUUUUGACAUAAGAUCUUGUACUUGAUGCUCAAUGGGAAAAUUGCGUUUAUAAACCAAAUAAACUCUGGAACAGCACUUGAAGUAGUUGUAUACUUAACUAAUUAACUUAUCUAAAAAGCUAUGUGCGUUUUUAAUUUGAUUUUUGCGAUUUUACCAUCUUCUUGUCAGUUUAUAUUAUUUUAGGUAAAAAAGUUAUUAACUUUUUGUAAUAUUUUUGAACUCAAUGGUAAAUGUUACCAGAUUUAGACAAAAACUGUCCUCAAGGCUAUUCAAGCAAGAUCUAGAGAAAUUUCCUUCUUUCGAAGCAAGAUUCCUAAGUUUAUUACCUAAAUUAUCGAUUUUUUAUCGAAGCUAAACUAUUUUUCUACUUAUUUCCGUUUCAGAUUCUUCCCAGGUGGAAUCUAUUACACAUUCUUCAAUUUUCUACUCUAUUUUGGUAUUGCUCGUCGAUCCGAUUUCCAUAUUAUUCACCAGACGCUUAUCCGGACUCUGAACGAGACUUUUCGCUAUGUAGAAUGCCUUGGAGAUCGUUGGUUUGUGAUCCAAAUGAGAUUCUCAGCGAAGAAGGUAACUUUUGGUGUUUUUGGUUUUGAUUUUAGGACGAAAGAACAUAAAAAAUAAGAGUUUUACCUUGUUUAAGACGAAAAGAUGGAAAAUUUUCGCAAAUUUUAUGGGAAAUUGAGAUUUAUAUCGAUUUUUGUCGGAAUAGUGAUGCUUAUUAUGUCUAUGAUGUUUUGCCACUAAUUUCGAUUAUUUCAGGGCUUCUCCAACUGGACCGAUCAACAAAAUUCAUCUUGAACAAGACCAAAUGUCCGUGCGCUUCUUACGACAGUCCCAUGGGCUACUGCACUAAAGAAACUGGCUAUUCGAUAUCAAUCGCCGUCUUAGACAGUAUUUACGUCGAAUCCAGUGAAUUGUAAGUCCAUCUGAAAAUUCUCUGACCUUAUUUUAGAGUGAUAAAAGAGCGGCUGGAAAGGAUAUUUCCUGAGGCACUGAGGCGAAAGCAAUCACGCGGGCAAUGCGAUGACGAUAUUUUGAUUGUCUUGGCUGUCAAGAAUCGAAUUGUAAGAGAAGUUUGAGACCUCGAUUACUGUAAUUUUUUCUAUUCUUAGGUGGCUACAUCAGUUGGGUCCGUGGCUAGACGAAAAUUGAACUACGAGAUUGUCGAUAAGGUCACAGAGUUGGCUAGUAAGUGUUUGAGAUAUUUUGUUUUGUUUUUAGGGAGUUCCGGGGCUUUUCAAGUUUUCGUGGUGGGACACAAAUUGAUGAUGAAUGGCCUUAAAAAAGCCUGUUGAUUCGGUGAUUUUAGAAUAGUUUGGGUAAAAUACGGUGCAACCUUGUGUCCGGUCUCCUUUUUUUACCAAAAAUUAGGCUUUACCUAGUGCAAUAUAAAAAAUUUUCAAAUUGAUGUCUAAAAUAAUAUAAUUUUUUGCAGAAUUCCGUUAUUUCGAUGAUGGCGACUACGCACGAGGCCUCAACUUGAUGGUAGAGAUAUUUGGAAAGGUUUUGGCGGGUGAAAAUUACUUGGAAGUUUUGCCUUCAAAAGUGGAACGGCUUUAUUUCUACAAACUCAAAAACCUUUUCCCCAGUUGGCCAAUUUGGCUCACUUUCCUCGUUUUGGUCGGAAUUCCCGCAAUUGUCGUGCUGAUCGUCCUGAUCACGGCGUUGAUCAUCUCCCUUCGGAAAUACCUCAGGAUCACCAGAUACGGAUAUCAGAGUGGGAACCCGGACGAGCCCACUGACGAGCUGACCGAAACGUCCCUCACUUCCUCUCUGAACUCCAGCUAA